AUGUUUGACUUUGGAUUUUAAAAUUGGUUUUAUUCUCCUUAAUUAAAAUGCAAAGGACUUAAUCAUUUUGGCAAUCGUUUUGAAAAACUUGAUAAUUUGUAUUUCCUUCCCAUCACUAAUUCAACUGUGGAUUAACUUCAUUUAUUAUGUGAAAAAUGUAGUUAAUGCGAAUCAACUCAAAGAAUUAAUUUAAAUUCUACCUAUAAUUUUGCAAUAACAUGGUUUAAGUAAUUUGAAUUACACUAUUUGGGAUAUUUAGUGAAUAACACUUUAGUAACAAAAAAGCAAGCAAAUGAAAAUUAACAAAGAGAAUUUGAACUAAAGCUUCAAGUGUUAUCUAAUUGUAUAAAUGAUUUAAAUCACAGUAAAAUUGAAUCAUUCAUCUUAUCGAUUUAGACUUCGAAAAUGAUAUAAAAUAAUAUGAUUGAUCAAUAAUAUGAAGAGAAAUAAUUUUUAGCUUUUGUAAAAUAGUAAAGCAAUCAAUUGUUUUCCUUAGCUUCUAGACACUUUUAUAACAUUUUUCUUAGAGCUGAUGUCAAACUUAAAUCAUAAGAGGAUUUUAAUAUAGUUCAAAUUGAUGUUUCAAAAGACUUCGUAUUUUUAUUAGAAAAUUCACUUCUAGAGGAUAAAUUAUCUUAAAUUUCAGUCUAUCAAUAUCCAAGUUUAGAGUAUGUUGAUUCCUUUUAGAAGGAAAACAUGAGUGCUAAAGAAAUAGUCAUUAAAUCAAACAUUAAUUCUAAUUUAUUAUUGUUAUAACAUCGGAAAUCAUUAAGAGUACUAGAUGUAUUUGCUACAACUCAAAAAAAAGGAGAAAACAUGCUUAAAUUUCUUAUUAAUUAUUUUUAUAAACACAAUUGUGAGAUAAUUGAUUUUAUUUUAGAUGAUAACAUUAUUGUAUUUAUAGAUUAAGCUUAUAAACUAUUUUUUGUAGAUGUUCUAAAAUAGUAAGUUAUUUUUUUAACUAAAAAAUUGCAAAGCUUUUAAAAAACUAAUUAAAUUUUGGAAACCUUUUUUCAUUAUGAUAAACAAUUAUUAAUAAUUGAAUUAUGUAAUAAAGUACUUACGAUGUCUUUAAAAAAUAUUAGAAUCUAAAAAAGUAGUAAAAUAGCAUCAGAAAAGAUUUUGGCUAAAUCAUAUUUUUGUCAAUAGAAUAAGAUAAAAUAUUCAGUAUUGCAGUAAUAAGAUAAUAAUGAUAUUUCAAUAAGAAAUGAAAUAGUAGAAUAUAGUUUUUAAUGCAAUAAAAGAUUGCGGAAAUUAAAAUUGAAUAAUAGUAGAAAGUUUGGUAAUGUAAAGUUGUCACUUAAAAAAGAUUAAAGAACUUUAAUAAUUUUAACAAAUGAAUAUAUAUCAGUUUAUGAUACUCAGAAAGGUAUUUAGGCUUUUUGUUUACCAUUUGCUUAAAAGUUUUCUGCUAAUAAUUAUGAUUUUUAGGGCUAUUUUUUAGUUUAAAAUCAAGGAAGACGUGUGUUGAUUUGGAAGUAGGAAAAGCUUUUUGAGAGAGACAUUAGGUUAUUUUUUAAAAGACUUUGA